AUGGUUUGGCAACAAGUUGCCAUAUCUGAGCGCAUGGAGGCCGAUUCUGCUUGGGAAGACUAUCUCUCCGAAAUCUGCAAGGGCUACAAGAAAUCCUUCGAAACUUAUACUGGAUUCAAGCGCUUCGAUUUCUUCCGUCUGCGCCAGACCUGUCGUCAAAUCCGCUACGAAGCCUGUCGGGCCCUGAUGCCUGCCAAUAAGUCCAAUCAAACUCUCGAAAUCCACAUCAGCUCCAAAGGUAUCGUCCUGGAAUUGCAAGAUCAGCAUCGCAAGACCUAUUGGUCAACCGAAAAUCUUAACGAUAUCCACUUCUUAACAUUAAUUCAUCGCCGCAACUGGAACAUCGAGGUGAAUGCCAAUAUUUACAUUCCCAUCCUGCUCCUAAAGUGCAAGAGAGUUCAAGAGAUAUCUGGAAUCUGGUCCGGCGCAAACACGGCCGCCACGCUCAUUUCUCAACUCCCAUCCGUCAACGGUCUGAACAUCAACUUCAGAGAACGCACACAGCUGCUCAGAAACAAGUUCUAUCUUCAGACAAUUCGAAUCAACGAAAGGGAGGAGAGACUCCACGUACUCCUAACGGCAAGAAUCCUGGAACCUUUCUUGGAAUCUCAGAAAUUCCUAUCAUCAUGUGUCAACCCAAUCGAGGUAUACCACCAAGCAGCCUAUAACAAGGUUAUGACUCUAGAAAAAGAGGCGCAACAAUCACAAGGUUGCGGAUUGGGAAUUGCCAGCACUGUACAGCCACAAAAGGCCAUCAGCAUCAGCCCCGGCGUCGACUCUCACACACAACUCCUCAUCAAUGCCGCUUGGAACCCAGUCGUCUGCCAAUGCAACUUUCCAGACUGCACGGACAAAUAUAAGGAAUUUGUGCGGCCACAACCAGUCAAUAGUGUUGUGGAAAGAAUCCGCAACAUCGCCAAGGAAUUCGAGGACAAUAUUUACGCCGCUUGCACUGCUGAAAGAGUACCAAUGGAGGUGACCAGAUACACUCUUGGCAGGACAGCUGAUGGAAGAUCCCUGAUAGUGGAUCAACUGGGCAUCGAUUCUAUCAAGACAAUAGAAGAAUGA